UUCACCGUAAGCAUCGCACCUAUCCCCUCACUUCCUUUUCGGGCAGAAGCAGCCUGACCAGCUGGAGACUACAUGCCCUGCCACCAAACUAUUACAUGAAACCUGAUCUCGAGAAUUGAGACACCUGGUCUCACCUUUGGCUUCAUAUAACACUCACCCACGUCGCCAAAAAACAACAGAACUUCUCAUAUAAACCAUGGGCUCUUGGUUCAGUUCAAGCAAGAAAAGCAAAGAGGAAAUCCAAAUGGCGCUUGAUAAGGUCAAGCAGAUUGUUUCCUCCAACCAAGUUGUUGUUUUCAGUAAAACCUAUUGUGGUUUUUGCAAUAGGGUCAAGCAGCUGUUUACACAGUUAGGAGCUUCUUACAAAACUAUUGAAUUGAAUCAAGAAAGUGAUGGGGAUGAUAUGCAAGCAGCUCUGCUGGAGUGGACAGGGCAGAGGACAGUACCUAAUGUGUUCAUUGGAGGAAUACACAUUGGUGGCUGUGAUUGUAAGCCCCGAUUGCUUCAACUACCCUUUAAUUGUUGUCAUCUUCCUUUGGAAAAUGUGAAAUUGAAUUGUACUAAAUAUGGAUAUUGUUCUCUACUAUAUUAGUUAUGACCUUUAAUUCUUAAUCCUGAAUUUCAGAGUCAUGAACCCAUUUGUAAGAAGUUGAUUUACAUUACAUUUUCCUGAUUAAAGAGAUGAAGAAAUGUAAAAGGUAGUGCUAAUUUGGGUUAUAUACAUGAUAAAUUUUCUGUUUCUGUUUCUCCUUUCAAUCAUUGCAGCUGUUGUGGCCAAGCAUCAAGCAGGUCAGCUUGUGAACCUCCUCACAAAUGCUGGUGCUGUUACUGUGAGCGCCUGAGAUUGAAGUGUUUGGGACCAAACUCUGCUGCAGAGAGUUGCAAACCUUUUGUUUCCUAUGUAACCAGUGUAUGCUUCGACAAUGCUUUGCAUUUGAUGAUACUUGUACUUAAAUGGUGUAAUAAUGAUAUGAAACUGCUACAGACUUUGUUUGGUUCUUGCUAAUCUUCUGAUUUUCUUGACUCUA